GAAGGCGUGCGCGGUUUGAGUUGCAGCCUCCCCGCUCUGUAAUACCUAUAAUCCCCCCACGCCUCGAUUGACAGCGACUACGACUUCACCCCAUGCAAUAUAAAAAUCGGCCAACGCCAACCUUCGUUCCCGAUUCAUCCAUCGCGUUUUCGACAGCAGCGGAGGCUAGCUGGAUUCCUCUUGUCCCUAGUGCCUAGCGUUUGGACACGAGCAUCAGCAAUAACGUUAUCGCUAUCGAGGAGGACGGCCGUGGUGAUGAGCAGAGUCUUCGGGAACCGGAGCGGAUGAUGCGCGGCACAGGAGGUGUGAGGCCGGAGCAGGGGAUUAUGGGUAGAGACGGAGGCGGCGUGCAGCAGGACAUGAAGAGUGACCGCUGUGGGGAGGAGGAAGCCUCGGCCCACGGCUGCUAGCACAAACGAUCAUCCGUCACUGAGACAAGAGGAGGAGGAGGAGGAAGAGGAGGAGAAGUGGCAGUCCUUGGUCCCCCUGUCCCCACUGUGUCGAUAACUAGUUCCUCUUUCCCAACACCACGCUAACACACUCCCACACGAACACUCACUCAGACACACAAACACACGCGCACACACACACACACACACACACACAAACAGACACACACACACACAAACAGACACACACACACACACUCAACGCUCUCCAUCCAGCCAUCACCAUGACGACCUCGGCGCUCCGUCGGCAGGUGAAGAACAUCGUGCACAACUACUCUGAGGCCGAGAUCAAGGUCCGUGAGGCAACCUCGAAUGACCCCUGGGGUCCAUCGAGUUCGCUGAUGUCAGAGAUCGCUGACCUCACCUUCAGCGUGGUGGCCUUCUCUGAGGUUAUGAGUAUGGUGUGGAAACGGCUCAACGACCAUGGGAAGAACUGGAGACACGUCUACAAGGCCCUGACGCUGCUGGACUACCUGGCCAAGACAGGCUGGCGAGUGUACAGCAGUGCAGGCGCCUUCACCAUCAGGCAGCUCUUGCUGACCAGUCACGUGGACCGCGACGGCCGUGACCAGGGCCUGAAUGUGCGUGAGAAGGCCAAGCAGCUGGCGGCGUUGCUGCGUGACGACGAGCGGCUCCGUCAGGAGCGAGUCCAGGCCCUGAAGACCAAGGAGCGCAUGGCAGGCGGGGGCACUGGUGGAGGAGGAGGAGGAGGAGGAGGAGGAGGAGGAGGAGGAGGGCUGGGUGGGGCGGCGGUGCCUCCGGCGUACCCAGGCAGAAGGAGCAGCCAGCCCAGCAUGGCAGCACUCUACGGGGAGGAGUUCAGCCGCUCCAGAGGAUCACCAUCCUCAUUCAACUCGUCCUCCUCAUCUCCGCGAGCGUCUGAUCUGGAACAGACUCGACCGCAGACCAGCGGGGAGGAGGAGCUGCAGCUACAGCUGGCCCUGGCCAUGAGCCGACAGGAGAGCCAGAAGGAACAGCACAGUCGCCAAGGAGAUGAUUCAUUCCUUCAGAAAGCCCUUGAUGAAAGCAGAAGAGCCGAUGAACCAGGAACAGGAGAGGUGUGUGAUUCGUUGGUGAACUCCAGCACGCCAGUCAUUGGCAGCCCCUGGAUGGGCCGCCGUGGCUCCAGUAGCCCCUCCCAGCCCUGGGGUUGCAGCCAAUCGUCAACAGAUCCAUGGGAGGCCCCGCCCUCCAAAAGCAGCCCAAACUCUGUCAAUCAUGCAUGGAAAAGCCCAACAAAUAAUGGUGAUCCCUUUUCUGCCCAGGAAGAGGAGGGGCCUAGAGAGGAAGAGGAGGGGCUUCCCAACCUCUUCAGUCCUCGUGCUGUGAGUCCAGCAGAUUCGGAUCCCUUCGGAGACUCGGUCGUGGUGGCGGAGCAGGUGAACGGGCGUGUCGGAGCAUCGCCCGCGACACCAGCAGGCCUUGAGGCCUUCCUGGGCCCCACGGCCGCCUCGCUGGUCAACCUGGACACACUCAUCCCCGCCAACCCGCCGACCACGAGCAGGAACCCCUUUCUGUCCGGUCUCAGUGCUCCCUCCCCCACUAACCCGUUCCACUGUGACCAGCCGCGCCUCACCCUUAACCAGCUGCGCCCGUGCUCCACCUCCCCUCUGCCCCCUCCUGCCCACACCUCCUCCUCCUCCUCCUCCUCCCCUGUCCACUACAGCAGCAGCAGCAGCACAACAACCACCUCCAUCACAACCAUCACCACCACCACCACCACCACCAGCAGCAGCAGCAUCCGCAAGCGCUUACUCGCAGCCUGUACCUGA